UGUACUUGCUCGAGGAUAACGCGCGGCGGGGAACCCUCGAGUUUCGAGAAAGAAUGCGCCCGGGCCUCCGUCAUAUAGGUGCUGUCUGCUUGUUAGUGCCGUCAUUCGUGUGCCGCGUGUCGACUGUGAUGGCCCCCGGACGGGUAUCAUAGCCGAACUCAUCAGUGCAAGCGCAGUGAAUCGCGACAGUAGUUUGCUCCGAGGCGCGGUCAUGGCGACGUCGUCUGCUCCGAGGCGCUCGGCCUCCGCCGCCGUCUGCUGCAGUCCGUGGCGUCGAGCGGCGGCCGUGGCGGCGGUGGUGGUGCUUCUACUCCUGCCCGUGUGCCGCGCGGUCACCGAUACCGGACGGAUAUGCGAACCCAUCCGCAUCGAAAUGUGCAAGGAUAUCGGAUACAACGUUACUGGCAUGCCCAACCUGGUCGGCCACGAGCUACAGCAGGACGCGCAACUGCAACUGCAAACCUUCAAACCUCUCGUCCAGUACGGCUGCGCAUCUCAGCUCAAGUUCUUCCUCUGCUCCGUGUACGUCCCCAUGUGCACUGAGAAGGUGCCCCAACCCAUCGGUCCAUGCCGGCCGCUGUGCGAAAGCGUGCGCUCCCGGUGUCAACCCGUGCUCCAGGAGUUCGGAUUUCCUUGGCCCGCGGCGCUGAACUGUUCCAAGUUCCCGCCACAGAACAACCAUCGGCACAUGUGCAUGGACGGCCCUGCGCCGGACGAAAGUGACCGCUACAGACCGGGACUGCGGCCUAAGCCCCCACGGCUGAACCGAAAGCCGCCGCCUGAGAGGCCCCGGCAGCGCGGACUGUGCGACGCAUACCACUACGGCGAACGCUACUUCUACUACAUCAACAGCACGCAGCGCUGCGCUCACCUGUGUGAUCGAGACAUCCUGUUCACGCAGGAGAACAAACGUUUCGCCGAGAUCUGGACCACGCUGUGGGCCUGCUUCUGCUUCUUCUCCACUCUCUUCACGCUCAUCAGCUUCCUGAUAGACCCGAGCCGUUUCCACUACCCGGAGCGCUGCAUCAUUUACCUGAGCGGCUGCUACAACGUCUACAGCUUGGCGUACUUCGUGCGUUUGCUGCUGGGCCGCUCGACCGUGUCUUGUCACAUGGACAGCCAGCACGAGGUGUCCAUCCUAAUCCAGGAGGGCCUCGACAACAUCAACUGCACAGUGGUUUUCAUGCUCCUCUACUACUUCGGAAUGGCCAGUGCCACUUGGUGGGUCGUUCUGACCGUCACCUGGUUCCUGUCGGCCGGCCUGCGCUGGAGUCACGAGCGCGUCCAGAAGCACAUGACCGCUUUCCAUUUCUUCGCCUGGGUCUUGCCGGCCGUGCAGACCAUCGUCAUCCUGGUCAUGCGCGUCGUGGACGCCGACGAACUCACGGGCACUUGCUUCGUCGGCAACCAAAACACCGCCGCCCUGCUCGGAUUCGUCGUGCUGCCGUCCAGCGUUUACCUCUUCGUCGGCGCCCUGUUUCUCCUCUGGGGAUUCAUAGUAAUGCUGCGAACGCGGGACGCCAUCGCGAUGGGCCACGCGCCGAAAGCCGACAAGCUGGAACUGAUCAUGAUCCGCGUCGGCAUCUUCGCCGUCCUCUACAUGAUUCCGGCCACCUGCGUCCUGGCGUCGUACAUCUACGAGUACACGUACCGCGACGCCUGGCAGGCCGCGUCUUCGGCGCUUAGGCCUAACGUGGAAGUGUUCACGCUCCGCAUCUUCAUGGCGCUCGUGGUGGGAAUCACGACGGGCGUCUGGACCUGGUCGAGCCGCGCGUCGCUCAACGCCUGCCGGCGGCCCACUUCGCCGCAGUACGUGGAGCACAAGCCGCCGCAGCACAAGGUCGUGUUCACCGCCGCGCACGUCUACCAGCAGCAGCAACAACAGAAGCCCAUGCUGAAACGAACUGUGUCGGCGGACAAGCAGCAGUACAAGCGUGUGUUCAGGGUGAAAGGCGGUUCUGAAACGACCGUCUGACGGUAGUGGAAACUCGCCGCGAACUGCAUCAUCCUCGAACAAUGAGACAUCGUCCUGGCAGUGCACUCUGUUUUUUUUUUUUUUUUCGUUCUCCACAUGUGACGUGCCUAGCACACACCAUUUGGAUUACACAUCAUCAUCACCACGUCGGACUCAUCUCUUGCCUGCGCUACGUCGAGAGACUCUGGAACAAGGACAGCAGCUGCGGCGAGAACCCUUCCUUUAUUGCAUUUAGAACUUGCCGACAAAAGGCUCCCCAGUGAAUAUCUGCCCAUCAGGGUCGCGUGCGAUCCUCCCUUGUACAUAGUGUAAAUAGCCGUCAUUUUGUACAUACUGUUUCAUAGAUACAUAGCAUAACUGCGUUCUAAAAGUCCUCGUAGGGUGCUGAACGCACAGAGCACCCGGGCUGCGCCCGAUCCGAGCACGUAUUUGUACAGAGCCGUUUAGCUGUGGCGAAAUAUAUGCUGUUUGAUAUAACUGA